AUGAAUUCUUUUGCGGACAAUCCAUUAUUUUUCUUUAUGGACAACAUAUCGCCUAUCAUUUCUAUGAAAGCUAACAAAGAUGUACGGAAAAUCGUCGAAUUGUCAGAUACAGGAUGUGAUGCUAGAUUGCCGGCAUUUAAAGCUUCGCGAAACACCGGUCGAUCUCAUUUUCCAAAACUGUCCAAGAUGAAACAGAACGAAAAUUGGAAAUCUCGUUGUGACGAGAAUAUCGAGGAGAAAUCUUACGCAGAAAGAUCUCGAGCAUCAAAUGUACUCAAUGCAAUGGAUACUGAAGAAUAUUUGUUUACUCUUAAAGAAGAUGAAACGAAUCAAUACUAUUGGCAAAGCUAUUCUCCACUGGAGGAAAAUCCUAUGGAGAAUAUAGAAUUUAAAAGGAAACCAGACUUUAGAAGCAAAUUAAGACCAUCAUCAGAUAGAUCGAGACCAAAUUUCUACAAACAAGACAACAGUUUCUACAAAAUGUCAAACACCGUUCGGAAUAAUCCCAACAUAGUACUUUCAAACGAUAUAAAAAAGGAGAAUCUCUCGCAAUCCAAUCCAACAAGACCAAAAAGCGCUGGACCUAAACUAAGAUCCAGUUACCCCAGCAAAAGCUUAGAUUCUAACCUCAACGAUCAAAUGGUUAUCAACAGGGAAAGAAUAGUCUCCGCGAAACAAGAUUAUCCUGAAGACUUCGUAUCCAAAGACAUUCCACGAAAUUCCUCGAGAAAUCAGAAAUCACACUGGCAAAGAAUGAACGAUGCCGAUCACAGAUUUUCCAGGUACAAUUCGAAAAACGAGAGUGCAGCGAAUUCAGAUGAAGUAUCAAGAGACUGGAUCGAACCACCUCCGAGCAGAAUUCGAUCCAGAACAUGUUCACCGCCUGUAGAUCGACAAAAAAAGACGCGAUCUUUCUUGAAGAAUCUCUACGAGAAUUUGGAUCAAACUGAGCCUCGGCAGGACAAUGAAAGUCAAAAUAACGAAUAUUCUAAAUCUAUUAAUUCUAGUUUAAGGGACACGGAUUCUGAUCGUUCUGUGGAUAGGCGAUUCGUUGAUCGUGCAGUGGACAAAGACAGUUUAUCAGAUUUACAGAAUGUUUGUACUUCCGCCGAACGGUUUUCAAAGUUGGCAAGUCAGGUUGAGAAGAGCAACGCGAGAGCCAACUUUUGGGAAUUUAUUCCAUUGGACAAAAGCGAUGAGAAAUAUAAGAAAAUUACUGGAAAUAAAGAGAUUAUAUACCCACAUGAACAACAAGUUUCUUUAGACAAUAAAUCUUGUCCGAUUAUGAAGAGUUCAACAAAAAACAGCGACGUUCGCAGAUGGAAAGAUAAAUUCCUGCAGAAGUAUUCUAAGAAUUCAGGAUCCUGUAAUGGUCCAUCGUUAAUGAAACCACAAGUCACAUCGGAAAUUGAUAAUGAUAAACGAAACUUGUUCGCUUAUGCUCUCCAUAACGAACAGUCAAGUGAGAACGAAGCAAAGGAAAAAUCGAAUGUCAACCUCGACAAAUGUCGAGUUACGAGUACGAAUGUCCAUAAGAAUUUACAAAUGGUCGACUCUACGAAGAAUCAAAGACAAUGCAAGUACGAAUGGAAGAGUCAGAGCAAACUUGCGAGUAAAAUUACUUUUGGAUGGACAAACAAGACAAACAGGUGUUUGAAGAGAGGUAGCGCCUCGGAAGAUGAAAAUGAUGAUAAAAAGAAGAGAACAGCGAACGCUAACGACACGUCGAGCGUUACCGACGACCAGAAAGUCAGGACGAAUAUCGUAGAGAGAACAGCGGCCUGUUUGAAACGAAAAUUAGACAGAUCGAGAAUCAGAGAAGUUGCCGCGUCCAAUCAACAUUCACCGAUAGUUGUGAAGAAGAAAAUUCGAUCCGAAGGAUUUGGUCACUCUAAAUUGCCGAUAAGAAUAGGAGAUCGUCAUAGAUCGAGCAAUCCAAUGACGAAAAAUCAGUUUAAUUUCAAGUGUGUCUCCAGAGAGGAGAAUAAAGAGAUGGAGUUGAAAGAAUCGAACGAGGAACCGUGCCGACUGAGUUCGAUCUCGGCGAGAUCUCGGACGAAACCGAAAAUAAAGCCGAGCGUGAUUGUAGGCGAAGCAAUCGACUUUGCCGAUACGUCGACGAAUUUUCAAAGUGGAGGAUUCAAUACAGAAAAUAAAAGUAAAAUUACGGAUUCUUUGGUAAAUGAUGCGAAAGCGAAAUCGAAAUCGAAUUCAAUCGGUACGAAGGGAAAUCUCAACAAUGAGAAAUUGCAAAUUGAUACCGGUAGUGAAGACAAUACGGGGAAAAUGUUAAACGUUGAAGGACACGAACGAAAAAGGAAUGUCAUAAAUCGUGAGCGAGAAAUGGAUUACAAAAAAGGUUUGACGAACGAAAUGGUCGAUGGCACACCGAGAAAUGGUCUUAAAGAGAAUUGUUGCUUCCAUUUAAAUGCCGAGCAGAAUGUCACGUAUAAUAAUUAUUGCAACAAGGAGCACAGAAAUCUGGGCUGUUUUCGGUCGCGAAAACCCACGGCAAUCAAAACGCAAUUUUAG